AUGGCCGACGCGGAAAGUAUCUCACUUGAGGAGACGAACAAGAUCCGGAUAUCUCUCGGCCUCAAGCCGCUCACAGCUGAUUCACCGCCGCCUGAAGAGUCAGCAGAACGGAAAGCCCAGAAGAACUUCGAGGCGGAGCAGGAGCGACAGCGCAAGGAGAGGGAUGCAGAGGCUCGUAACAAACGCGAGUUAAAUAAACGGUUAAAGGGUGCUACUCUCGGUGAUGCAGAUGUCGAACUGGACGAUACCAAGGCCUGGCUCAAAGCCAGUAAGCGCCGCGAGAAAGAGCUUGCUGAACGACGUCAGCGAGAGCUGGAGAGCAUGGACAAGGUCUUCCAAGGAGAAGAUUACUCCGAGAAGGACCUCCAAGGCUUGAAGGUUAGCCACGAUCUGGAUGUUAUCGAUGAAGGUCAGGAGCGUAUACUCACGCUGAAAGAUAGUCGUAUUCUUGACAACGAAGAGGAUGAACUCUUUGACGAGGAAAUGGCCCGGGAUGAGAAGGAUCAAAAGCGUCAUGAACUCAAGACUAAGCGUCGCGACUAUAAGGGAUACGAUGACGAUGAAUUCGCCAGUGGAGGCGAGUUUGGCAAAAAAACUGUGUUGGUCAAGUACGAUGAGGACAUCAAAGAGGCGCCUGAAACAGGAUUCCGCAUAGGCGGACCAUCACGACCCACAAAGAAGUCCCAACGAGCUGCUGAAGAGGCAGCAGCUGCUGCAGUCAAUAAGACGCUCUUGAGCAUCGAUUAUUCCAAAAACCUCGAGAUGACUGAUUAUCUGAAAGAGGGCGAUGUGGGAUUCAAAAAGCCCAAAAGCAAAAAGAAACGGUCCACACGUCAAGUUGAAGUGGAUCCCGAUCUCCUGCCAACAACCGCAGUGAUUGCUCCGAAUGGUAAAUCAGUCAAUGAAGAGGGCAUGGAUGUUGAUAUCAAACCUACCAUCUCAAAUCCUCGCACGCGAGACCUCGAUACCAACUUUGUCGAUGACGAUGAGCUGCAAGCUGCUUUAGCACGGUCGCGACGAGCAAAAACGGCAAAGGUCAAGAAGAUAUCGCCGGAGGAACUUGCUCGACAGCGUAAGCGAAUGAUGGAUGAAAAGAAAGACGUAAAAAUGGAGGUUGCAGAACCCGAUAUCGUUCCCGCGGAAGACGACGGUUUGACGAUCGACGAUACGACCGAAUUCAUCCGCAAUGUUACACUUCAGCCUGUCAUCAUCAAAUUACAGACGCAGCCAAAGCAAGAAGACAGCGCUACUUCCGUCCCCUCUCCGAAAGUCAAAGAGGAGCAUAUGGAGGAGGACGAGGCCAUGAGUGAGCUAGAAGCUGGCGAGGUAGACGAGGAUGAGGAGAUGAAUGAGGAGGACAUGCUGCAAGCGAUUGAAGGCGUCAUAAUGGAGGCGGCGGAAGCAGUGAAACAAGAGGAAGUUAAUCGAGAGAUUGGAAUCACGAAUGAGCCGGUUCUUCAGGGUGCAGGCCUUGCAAGCGCGCUUUCCCUUCUCCGUCAACAGGGCCUCAUCGCCAAACCGAAUGCCGCCAUGGUCGAGCGUGAGAAGAUACAGAAAGAGCGGGAUACCUGGCUCACCGACCAUAACCGUCAGCUGGCGAUACGGGAAAUGGAACGAAUGCGCUCGCGUGGUUCCGGCGCCGCGCAGGGCACCAGUGCCUCAGAUGCCCGUGAAGUUGCCAAGCUUUACGAGAACUACAAGCCAGAUGUCAACAUCGAAUACCAUGAUGAAUUCGGCAGAACCCUAACGCCCAAGGAAGCUUGGAAGGCACUUUCGCAUCGCUUCCACGGAAAAGGCUCUGGCAGGGCUAAAACGGAGAAGCGGCUCAAGAAGAUUGCUGAAGAGCGGAAGAGGGAGGCAAUGGCUAGCGGGGACACGCCUACGGGGAUGAAUGAGGCGUUCCAGGCGAGGCAGCAGAAAAUUGGUCAAGCGCACAUGGUUCUGUCCGUUGGCCAGAGGGGGGCUGUGCCACAGGCUGCAGAAGUUCUCGAUCGCAAGGCGCUAGCAAAGAGACCGGAAGAGAAGACAAGAAAGAAGGAAUCUUCCAAACUGUCCCAAUCCUUUACGAAUGGGGACCCACAUGGUCUGAUCAAUGUCACCCUACCAACUUCCGCCAAUUUGCCAGCUUCCCCCGCCAAUGCCUCCGGCGAAGUGUCUCCAUCGCCCGUUUCAGGGAGGGGUAUGAAACCUGCAUUUGCGCGCAUAACAUCUGUCGAGCCUUCGCAGAGUGCCCCUGGUUCUGGAGGUGCUAGUCCACUUGUAAAUGGAGAGAGGACCAAAGUUGCAUUCGGUCUGAAAAGAAAAGCUGCUGAUGAGGGCGAGGGCACACCUCCUUCCAAGAGACGAUAG